GUAGUUUGUUGUUUUCUUCCUGCGGAGGGGAAGGGGCCGCUGUGGACCGCGACGCGCCCGGCCUCGCCUCUGCAUCCUCCUCGCUCCGGUCCUGGCACGCGGUCUGUCCCCGGCCGGCCAUCCCCGUCCUCCGCCACCAGUCCCGGGGCCCGGACCGGGCCCGCCGGCCCCCCAGCUGGCUUGGUGGGGCGAGGCUGAAGGCCGGUCCCAGCGAGCACCAUGGCGGCCGCCCUGGGAGCGGGCGGCGGAGCAGGCGCCGGAGAUGACGACUUUGACCAGUUUGAUAAGCCUGGUGCGGAACGGUCCUGGAGAAGAAGAGCUGCUGACGAGGAUUGGGACAGUGAACUUGAAGAUGACUUACUUGGAGAAGAUUUGCUAUCUGGCAAAAAGAAUCAGUCGGAUUUGUCAGAUGAAGAGCUAAAUGAUGAUCUUUUACAGAGUGAUAAUGAAGACGAAGAAAAUUUCAGUUCUCAGGGUGUGACAGUUAGUCUCAAUACCACGUCUGGCAUGGUCACAUCAUUUGAACUGUCUGACAACACUAAUGACCAGUCUGGAGAACAGGAAUCUGAGUAUGAACAAGGAGAGGAUGAACUAGUGUAUCACAAAUCUGAUGGAUCUGAAUUGUAUACUCAAGAGUACCCAGAAGAAGGACAGUAUGAAGGCCACGAUGCCGAGUUGACAGAAGACCAGAUAGAAUAUGUGGAAGAGCCAGAGGAGGAGCAACUUUACAGUGACGAAGUGCUAGACAUUGAAAUCAAUGAACCUUUAGAUGAAUUUACAGAUGAAGAAUACUUGCAGGCUCGCGGUGGGCAGCAGGGGCUGCGCGGGCAGGAGGACUGUGUUGCUGGAGAGGCGUUAGAUGAGAUUACUGAGCCCCAGGUUGCUCCUGACGCUGAAGAGGGAGGUAUGGAAACUUUGGAACUCCAAAAGGACAUAAAAGAAGAAUCAGAUGAAGAAGAAGAUGAUGAUGAAGAAUCUGGACGAUUACGUUUCAAAACUGAAAGGAAAGAAGGAACAAUUAUUAGGCUCUCAGAUGUAACUAGAGAGAGAAGGAACAUUCCAGAAACUUUGGAGCUUUCAGCAGAGGCCAAAGCGGCGUUACUUGAAUUUGAAGAAAGAGAACGACAGCAUAAACAGGGACGCUAUGGCUCCAGGCGGGGAGGCCGGCGCGGAGGCCCACUGAUGUGUCGUGGCGUGGGGGACCAGAGGAGAGAGAACAGCGAGAGGGGCAGGAUGAAGGACCACAGACCUGCGCUGCUGCCCACACAGCCUCCCAUCGUGACUCACUCUCCGAGAUUAAUUCCUCCUCCGCAGCCACAGCCUCCCCCGCCGCCGCCACCACCUCCUCCUCAGCAGCAGCCGAUCCGAAGUCUGUUCCAGCAGCAGCAGCUCCAGCCCCUGCUGCCCCUGCAGCACCCGCACCACCCCUCCCCGCCGCAGGGCAUGCACAUGCCUCCCCAGAUGGAGACCCCGAGAAUAAUGAUGACCCCUCCUCCCGUGACCCCACAGCAGCCCAAGAACAUACACAUCAACCCACACUUCAAAGGGACGGUGGUGACUCCCGUUCAAGUGCCCUUACUGCCGGUUCCCAGCCAGCCAAGACCUGCGGUGGGACCCCAGAGAUUCCCAGGCCCUCCAGAAUUCCCACAGCAUACACCUGGACCUGUUCCCAACAACUUCAGUCAGCCCCCACGACUUCCUCUCCAGGACCAGUGGAGAGCCCCACCCCCACCUCAGGAACGAGACCCUUUCUUCUUAGGAGUUUCAGGUGAACCAAGGUUCCCAAGUCAUCUGUUUUUGGAACAGCGAAGUCCCCCUCCACCACCGCCUCCUCCCACGCUUCUUAACAGCAGCCAUCCUGUUCCUACUCAGAAUCCUUUACCCUUCACUCAGCCAGGACCAGCAUUCAAUCAGCAAGGACAGCAACCCGUGUUCCCGAGAGAGAGGCCUGUCAGGCCCGCCCUGCAACCUCCAGGUCCAGUGGGGAUCCUGCACUUCAGCCAGCCGGGGUCGGCGCCCACGCGGCCCUUCAUCCCUCCCAGACAGCCCUUCCUGCCCGGCCCCGGCCAGCCGUUUCUGCCCACGCACGCACAGCCCAGCCUGCAGGGGCCGUUGCAUCCUCCACUGCCACCUCCACAUCAGCCGCAGCCGCAGCCCCAGCCCCAGCCGGCUCAGCAGCAGCCCCCACACCACCAGCACCAGCCCCCGCCCCAGCCCCCGCCCCAGCACCAGCCGCCCCCACAGCACCAGCCGCAGCAGCACCACCACCUGUCGGUGCCACCCCCGCCUCUGAUGCCCAUGGCCCAGCCGCAGUUCCGGCCUCACGUGCAGAGUGCCCAGCCUCAGCCGAACAGCAGCCGGGUGCAGGGCCCCCAGCGCCAGGGGCCGCGGCACAAUACGACUUCUCAGAAUGUAACCAAACGGCCCAUGCAGCAAAUGCAGCCCACUGCUCCCAGAAACAGUAAUUUGCGUGAGUUGCCGAUAGCACCAUCGCACGUCAUGGAGAUGAGCAGCAGUCGCUGCUCCUCCACCCCGGCGGCUCCAGUGAAGCCUGUCGUCAGCGCCUCGCAGCCCGCAAGGGCUGUGGUGGCUUCCAGGAGCUUGCAGGGAAAGACCGAAGCGAAAGUCAAGCCAGUUAGCCCAGUGGCUCAACCUAAAGAAGAAGCCAAAGCGGAACCAGAGUUUCCUGAUGAAGAUGAGGAAACCAGGUUAUAUCGCUUGAAGAUAGAAGAGCAGAAACGCCUGAGAGAAGAAAUCCUGAAGCAGAAGGAGCUGCGGCGGCAGCAGCAGGCGGGCGCCCGGAAGAAGGAGCUGCUGGAAAGACUCGCGCAGCAGCAGCAGCAGCUCUAUACCCCGCCACCGCCGGGCGAGCCGGAGGAGCAGGCAUCUGCACCGUCACCCACCAACGGGAACCCCCUGCUGCCCUUUCCAGGUGCACAGGUCAGACAGAACGUGAAAAACAGACUUCUUGUUAAAAACCAAGAUGUCACUGUUCCAAGUGUUCAGCCCAAAACAUCAAAUUUUAUACCGUCUGGUGCCAACAUGCAGUAUCAAGGACAGCAGAUGAAGCCACUGAAACAUCUGAGACAGGCCAGAACAGUCCCUCCAAGUCAGACUCAGCCGCUGCACAAGGUCCUCCAGAUAAAACCUGUGGACAUGGAGGAGACUGCCCGGGCGGCAUCCAUUCAGGGCCGGCCCCAGGACUUGAAGCCUGGCGGGAAAAGGACUGUCACGCACAGGGCAAACAGCGGUGGCGGAGACGGGCCCCAUGUCAGCUCCAAGGUCAGGGUGAUUAAGCUGUCAGGCGGGCAGGGAGGAGAGAGCGAUGGCUUUUUUCACCUUGAAGGCCAGCCCCAGCGGCUUCCUCAGCCUCCAGAAGUGGGACCACAGCCUGCCCGCAAGGUGACGCUGACCCGGGGGGGCCUCCAGCAGCCCCCACACCUGCCACCGGGACCCCAUGCACACUCGGCUGUCCCUCCAGGGAUCAAAAGCAUCCAAGGAAUCCAUCCGGCAAAGAAGGCCAUCAUGCAUGGGCGGGGCCGAGGGGUGGCCGGUCCCAUGGGCCGGGGACGCCUGGUGCCCAACAAGCAGAACCUGCGGGUGGUGGAGUGCAAGCCGCAGCCCUGCGUGGUGUCUGUGGAGGGGCUGUCCUCGUCCACCACCGACGCCCAGCUCAAGAGCCUGCUGAUGUCCGUGGGACCCAUUCAGAGUUUACAGAUGCUUCCCCAGCAGCGGAAAGCCAUAGCUAAGUUCAAGGAACCAGCCCACGCGUUGGCGUUUCAGCAGAAAUUCCACAGGCAUAUGAUAGAUUUGUCCCACAUAAACGUGGCCCUGAUCGUGGAGUGACUUCUAGCAGGAGACCGGACCUUGUGCUGUACACACACUGUGGAAUUUCUUCAAGAAAGCCGCCCGCCGGCGCACACCCCCAGGAGCCUAGAUCCUCCGGGCUGUUGUCUAGAGCGCCAGCCAGCCACAGGGUUGAGUCGGAAGAGCUGAACUCACACAGCAAGCUGGAGUUUGGUGUUAGGUUGAUUGCUUCAGGUUCUGUUGUCACCGCAAAGAACUCCAAGUUUUUCGUUUUCUUUUGUUUUCAAAGUGCUUACAAUGCAUGUAGACAUUGUUCUUCGUGAUCUGACUGUAUGAUCGAUCACAGUGACUUAGAUUCAGGAGAGAGCAUUAAUGUCACAAAUUCCAAGUAUUUUUCACAGCAGAGAAAGAAUAUUUGAUAAUGGUUGCACUUAUCUUCAGUGCAGGCUAGAAAAGAGUCUUCUCAACCAAGCUUAGCUUGAGUGGUCUCCUCAGAAAGCCCUCAAAAGGCUCUUGUAAAAACCUAGAUUAAAAUUUGGGUGAUUAUUGAUCGACAUUUGCAUAUCCUGGAAAGCCAGGGUAUGAGUGGGGUGGUUGGGAGUGGUGCCAAUUGAACGGAGAUUCUGCUUCUUGUCAAUAUUUCUAAAGCGCCAACUGUAUGCUCCUAGUCCCUGGGUGAACUGCCCACCUUUUCACACUCUUCUCCAGUGAGGCGAAAGGCCGGCAGGCCCCGGCGAGGCGCAGAGCAGGGCUGCCGUGCCCUCGAGGUGGAGGGACGGCCUGAAAGUAGAACAGACCUGUCCAGGCUUUUCUCUCAUUAAAUGCAGCCCAGGGUGGCGUGUGGGUCUCACUGGCCCUGUGACAUGUGACAUUCUUCGAGAACCUGGUUAUCAUUGCUUUGAUUGCCCUUUUUUUCCGAAGGCCACUUGAGCAGGGGCUGCACUGUCCUUUACUGGGCCUGAGAGAGGCGCGGCUGUGGCGCCCUUCCGUGGCGUGUGGCUUGAGGCGGCUGUCUUCCAGGGACAGCGCCGCCCAAGCUGAGAGGCGUCUGUGUCAUCGUGGAAGCCGCUUUUCGUAAUUCUGGGUAGGUUCCCUUAGGUGAGACUCACUCUGCAUAAGAAACCUUAGUAGAAUUUGUUCUGGGCAAACACUGAAAAAAGUGCCUUAUUGUCUUCUGCUCAUGAAGCGUUUCACUACUUAGGGUAUUCUGAAGUGGGCCUGAACUAUUUGAGCAAAUAGUACUAGGGCAUACUCAGGCUUUUUAGCUGUGUUUUAUACCUACAAUUUCAUGUCACAUUUAUUAAUAGAAUUAGGGGAUCUAGAAGCCUCUUGUCACUCACUGCCUCUGGAGCAAUGUGGCCCUUGGGCAGUCAGCCUCCAGAAGCAGGGGCUGAGGAUUGGGCACGAGGCUUGUCUCUUCUUGUGUCCACAGUUGAAAUUUUAUAUAGUUUUUGAAAUUAAGUUACCAAAACAAUAUUAAGAACUGGAGAAGAAUAUUCCAGACCCUGUGAGACUUUCGGUAGCAUUGACUCUAAAAUGGCAUCGUGUGCUCAGGAGAAACGCUGGAAGCUGCAGGUGGUGGUUGGCGGCUGCUCUUCGGAAGCAGCUGGCCCCGGCAGCCACGGGCACUUGUGGGCUGUGCUAGACACCCGCGCUGUGCUGCCGGCCACCUCGGGGCCACAGAGCCCGACCGGCUUUCGGGAGACGGGCUCGUAAGCCAGCCCUGCCUCACGGUGCUGGCAGGAGGGCACCCAAGCGACAGGUCCCUGUGCCCGUCACAGGGUUCCUCAGCCUUCAGUGCCCACUGUGUUCACGGUUAGAUACGGAUGUGUUUAUGUAUUUAAAAGGCGUAGUUUAUUUAUCUCAGUCCACAGAGAGUUGCGUUGAAUUGAUGAGUUUGGUAGCUCACGGGCUCUAAUUUUAAAGAGAACUCCAAGACACUUAGUGCCCAAGGGGAGUGGGAAGGCUUACCAACUGACUUUAUCAUUGAAAACUUCCUGAUGCGAUACGAUGAGUUUAACAGAGUUUUACCACUUUCUGAAAUAGUCUGAGUGUGCUGUGGUUUAGAAACCAAAAAUCUGCAUGUGGUCUCCGAGAAGUAGGCGUGGAGGCACGCUUGAGCCACUGUUAGCGAAGCUGACCCGGAUUGGCGCCACCGUUCACAGCAGGCUUCAUGGCUGCCGUGAGGUCUGCGUUUGGUGCUGAGUGUCACGGGGACCGGGAAGGUGUGUCUGUAACUGUACACACACACAGGCUUUCUCUUGGUAGCAUGCUCCGGAAGGCCAUCAGCAACAUCUCCCGGCCUGUCCAGAAGCACCAGUUAGAGCAGCCACGCACAGCCCUGCCGCUCUCACUGCAAACGAUCGUAGGAGAUGGACUCUUAGCACCAGACCAUCCCAGUAAUACAGAGUCAGUUUCCUUUAAGGAAACUGCAGAAAAGGAAAGAAGCAGAAUUAGAAAGUAAUUAUUUCCAUUUUUGUUGCGCUUCUCACUUCUCACAGUGAAGUCAGACCGCGUAAGCCGAACCCUCGUGGAAGAUCUGCUGCAACCAUUAUCUUUGUUCUUUAUUUAUCAUGCAUUUAAAAUGAGAUGCAGAAGCAUUUAGCAUACUAUGUAAAUAUGGACCUUUUAAAAUUAAAAUGUUAUCGGGAAUGCUUUCAACUCAGCAACAUCUUAGCUAUUUGUUAGUUCUUUUGUGUUGUCGUAUCAAAGUUUAAUGGAUACAGUUCCAUAAUUGUUGAUGUGUUUGUGUGUAUAUUCGAUUUUUAUAAAGAUGGUAGUAAGUCAAUACAUUUAUCCUGAUCUGUGUAUUAUUUGUUCACAAAAUCAAGAAGCCUAACAGCAGUAAAUGCCAAUAUAUCUCAUAAGGUAAAUCAGUAGAUAAUUAUGUAGAGCCAAGUUACUUUUUCUUUUUGCGUUACCUUGUUUUGAUUUUGUGAUGUAAUAUAAGUUCACUUAGCCACGUAUCUGAACAUAGCAUUGCAUUGCCCUCGGUCUGGCCCAUUGUUGAAUCCUUAUGCUGACACUCUUCUAAAGGAUGACUCUCAUCUCUUCUUUACAAGAGAAAGUUUGAGGGGUUCCCCCCUCUCGGUGCAGGCUGCAUCCUAUAUAGGUGCCUGCACCCCGCCUUGCUGGAGGAGAGUUGAUGGGUUGGGAGUGGGAAGUGGUUUCUUCAUAACUGUUUUCAAUAUGGGUAGUUCCUAACAUGAUUUGUAAAGGUCCCGGGCAAGCAGUGUUUAAGCUCGGUUCUGUGGCAUUUCUGGAUUGUGACAGAGCUUAGAUCCUGCACCCAGGUGUUUUUUUGUUUUGUUUUGUUUUUUUGUUUUUUUAUGAAAUAGCAUUUUGCUUAGUUCUGAAAACAGAAGGGUUUGUUACUGAAGGAGGUGGGAGAGGAGCUUAGUGUGAAGGGGAGGGAGGGACGGACAGGCCUGGGAGAGGAGGGUCCUGUAGGCUGGGGAAGCGUCACCUCAGCGUUAACAGCAGGCUCCUAACACACUGGCCGUCGGGAGGUCAUCAGUCACGCUAAGAGCGCGCAGGCCAGGCGCUCGGUGGCAGCGGGGAGCGCCCGCAGGAUGAGCCCCACGGGAGCGGGCGGGGGCCACCCUCCGGGCACCUGCUUGGCUCCUCUUACGGGCCCCGGGCGCGGUGCAGUGGAGUAGACAGACAAACCUGAGGACCCAGAGCCUUCCUCCCAGGAUGUGUUUUAAGAACCAUCCAUUUUUUGUUUUCUUUUGGCUUUUGGUUUUUAAUUUUGUUCUGUUUAUUUUGCUUUUUAUUUCAUUGUCAUUUUAUUGGGAAGGUAAGCUCAACAGGCUCAUAGUCCAUGGGCUGACUUGUUGAAGACAGGUUUUAGUCACAUACUUGCACAGAACAAGGGGGUCUGUGUGUGUCAUGGCCGCAGUGUUGCUCUAGGACCUUGUGGAGUCCUGAAAGCUCCACUUCUCGUGGCUUUUCCUCCCCUGCCCUCUUCCUGGGGCGGGGGAGGGAGGUACUGCCCAGGAGUCAAGAACCAGGUCCCAGCACAGGGUCUGCAGGGCCAGGGUCCCUGGGGGUGACUCGGAGCUCCGCUUUUCUGUUGUUCUUCCUGCCUUCUCCUCUGGGGACUCAGCUCUGGCUUCCACGCUCCCCAGUAGGCCCUCUGCCUUCCCCGAAUUAAGCUAUAUAUAGCCCCCUCCUUAUUUUUGUUUUGUUUUGUUUUUUUGUUUGUUUGUUUAGAGUAGAAGGGAAAAGGGUGGGAGAGAGAGAAAACUUGCAAGGGAUUGUCGGGCUUUUAAAGCACUGUGAGUGAUGUGUUCUAAGAUGGUUAACUGUUGGGGUGUCGCAGGAUAGGAAGGGACUGAGAGGUCCCCCCCCCAGUGAAGGAAGCCACGAUAAGUUUAGAUGAGUUAAAGAGUAAAG